AUGAAGGUAUUGUUGUGUGAGGAGCCCAGGAUCAUUGCUUUGGUCUCUGAGACUCAUGCUCUCACCUUCCGUUUGCUUUCGUCUAACUUGGAUGACCCCAAAAAGAGUCCUUCGGUAGAAGUUCAGCUUGAGCCGACCUCCAACUUCCAGCACAACAGGAAAUAUAAGGUUUUGAUCCACAGAGACAUUCACGGAUGUUUAGGUCUUAUUACCAUUGACCAACAGGUCUACUUGGCUUUAAUCACUGGAGCUUCAACGAAUGUUGCCCGUCCUGUUCCGUAUGAAUCGGUUGACAAGAUUUACGCAGUGGACUUUGUCUCGUUGGGAAGCAACGAAUGGGACUACGUCAAUUUGGAUUCUGGUGGAAUGCCAAUUCAGACCCAAGAACCUGACGAAUACGAUCCUAGCAGUGGUGGUCUGAGAGUCGUGCAUCCUUGUUUUGAGAUCAAGAAGUUGUUAUCUAAUGGAUCUUUCUACUUCUCGAAUGACUUUGACUUAACCUCAACUUUGCAGAAUAGAGGAAUUGAUUCCGCCAAAUUUGAUAAGGCGGCUCGUGACUCUGAGAAGGCUGAUAGUAUAACCAGAGUGAAUUUACAGCACUACGAAGAGCAGUACAUGUGGAACCUGUUUUUGAUGAAAGAGCUUUUGAAGUUUAGAGCUAAUUUAGAUGACCUCGCUAUGGAAGUGAUUGACAAGAAUAGGUUCUUGACAACGGUGAUUCGUGGAUUUGCAAAGACAGUACGUUUGAAUUCAAGAGGCGAUACAAUCAGUAUCAUCUCCAAGCAAUCGUGGAAGAGAGCAGGUACCCGGUUCAAUGCCAGAGGUAUAGAUGAUGAUGGCCAUGUCGCCAACUUUGUUGAAUCUGACUUUAUCUUUAACAAUGUUUCCCUGCGACUGGUGUUUUCGUUUACUCAGAUCAGAGGUUCUGUACCAGCCUUCUGGGAACAGGACUCUACGUUGAUCAACCCCAAGAUUACGAUCACUAGAUCCCGUGAAGCCACACAGCCUGCCUUCAAUAAGCACUUUGAUGAGGUCUGCGAGAAAUAUGGUGUCUGCCACAUCGUCAAUCUUCUUUCCAAAACCAAGACACAAGAGGUUAAUGUGCUGCGUUGUUAUAAAGAACUCUUAGACAAGUCGCCCCAUAGAUCGGAACUCUCAUACAGUCAUUUUGAUUUCCACGCAGAGACAAAGCAGCUGAGCGGUGGCUUCGCAGGUGCAACCAAGAUUCUUCCUUUAUUAUACGAGUCUUUGGAGUCUUUUGGAUGGUAUGACUUCGAUAUCCAAGAAAACGAAGUGGUGACGCGCCAGGAUGGUGUCUUCCGUGUUAAUUGUUUGGAUUGUUUGGAUAGGACGAAUCUUGUUGAGCAGGUGGUUUGUCAAAGGAUAAUGAGCCACAUUCUCAAGAACCAGAUGCCUGGUAACGGGAAAUCACCCCGUGAGAAACAACUUAUCGAAGAACUCACUCUCAAACACAACGCUCUUUGGGCCGAUAAUGGUGAUGCAAUUUCUCAGAUCUACACCGGUACGAAUGCCUUGAAAUCUUCUUUCUCGCGGUCAGGUAAAAUGAAUUUCGCUGGUGCACUCUCGGAUGUUACCAAGUCAGUCUCCAGAAUGUAUCAGAACACGUUUGUGGAUUCGAAGAAACAGCUGGUGAUGGAUACAUUACUCGGAAAAGAUGCUAAGAAUGGAAAAGCAGUCAAAAUUUUCGACCCUAUUUAUGAGUCUGUCCAUGAGAAACUCCAGCAGAACUCUUCGGCAUUCACAACUUACAAAAAUAUUAACAUGUUCGUCGGUACUUUCAAUGUCAGCGCUGCGUCACAUCCAAUCCGUGAAAGUCUCGAAGAAUGGCUCUUUCCUUCUGCCAAUAGCAAGAUCCCAGCCCCUGAGAUUUAUGCAAUUGGUCUUCAAGAGUUGAUUGAGCUCAACGCGGGAUCGUUCCUCACAUCGGACUCAUCCAAACCUGCGGCAUGGGGAGAAUUUUUGGCAAAGCAGCUUUCAUCCAAGGGAGAGGACUACUAUUUGCUCCGAACUGAAGCUAUUGCUUCCAUGAGUAUGUACUUGUUCGUCAGAAGAGAUCAGGUUCAACAAGUCACUCAAGUUUCUGGAUCAUCUAAGAAAACUGGUCUCGGUGGUAUGACUGCGAAUAAGGGUGCCUGUGCUGUCAGAUUCGAAUUCGGAUCCACUUCAUUUGCUUUAAUUACUUCCCACUUGGCUGCAGGUGUCACUGCUACUGUGGAAAGAUAUAAUGACUAUAUGCUGAUUAUGCAAGGCCUCACUUUUACAAGGAAUUACACAAUCGGUGAUCACGACAACAUCAUCUGGUUCGGUGAUUUGAAUUAUAGAGUGGAACUCCCGAACGAUAGAUGCAGAUAUCUCGUCGAGACGGGAUCUUUUGAUGAGUUGACUGAUGCAGACCAGUUGCAAGCAGAAAUGGCCAAGGAAAGUCCUUUGAGGUUCUACCCAACUUACAAGUUCGACAAAGGUACCUCCAAUUAUGAUACAUCCGAAAAGCAGAGAGUGCCUUCUUGGACGGACAGAGUUCUUUUCAGAAGCAUCAACAAGGAUGGUAUGAAGGCUUUGAACUACGGAUCAGUGAUGGAUAUCUUCGUCAGUGACCACAAACCCGUCUUCUCCACAUUCAAAGUCAACAUCAAGUUUGUCAACAAGGCCAAGAAGAACAAGUUAACAGAGGAGUAUUAUAAUGCCUACAAAAAAGAGUUCGGAUCCAGUCUGAGCUUGAUCGAGUUUGGAAAUAGUGACUCUUCCUCGCCAGGUACUACUGCAAGCUCCACAUUUACUUCAGACACCCUUUCAGAUAUGAAUAUCCUAGAUGAUGACUACUCAAGCGGAAAGCCACCAGUACGUGGACCAAAACCUCGCGCUGUUGACACUUUACCAAGACGUGUGCCGCCACCUCAUGUUAGCAGAAAGACAGUUUCUCAUGACAGAGACGAGAAACCAGCGAGGGAAACCCCUUCGAAGGUAAGACCGAAUGUUUCCACUCCUCCUCCACCUCCUCCCUCGAGAAACUCGGCUCCUCCUUCAAGAAGUAGCCAUCACAACUUGGCUUUUUCGGCUGCUCCCCUCGUUCCAUCCGGUUCCCAACCUUCCACUCCACGCUCCAUGUCGCCAAGUGUAUCCAACACGGCAGCUUCGUCGCCAGCUAGAUCUGCUUCUGACAUGAAGCCUGUGAAGCCUUCAAAACCAAAGGCUUUGUCCACUAACAAGGUUGAACAAGUUUCGCAGCAAAAGCCAGCUGGUGGAAGAGCGCCACCUCCGCCACCGCCUAGAGCCGGUAGCAGCAACGGCUCGAGCCAAAGAGGUAAAAUGACGGAUUGGAAGCCAUUGGUUCCUCAAUAG